GGAAGGCGUGUCAAAUUUUGCUGGGGCUGGUUUUACGCCCCUCGUCAAGGGCAGACUUGAGAUGGCUGCGGUGGGUACCGUACUGAGGUGCGGUUUUCGAGGAGCCCUGGCGUUGCCCCAGCAACAGCGGGCCUGGAGCUCUGGCGCCGACCAGCUUGGCGGGCUGGGCUCAGGUGCUGGGAAGGGCGGCGGCGGAGGCGGGAGCGUCCGUGAGUCUGGCGGGGCCUUUGGGAAGCGGGAAGCCGCCGCGGAGGAGCGCUACUUCAGGGAGAAAGGGAUAGAACAGUUGGCAGAAUUGAAAAAACAUCAUGAAGAUGAAAUACAUCAUCAGAAGAAAGAAAUAGAGCGCCUGCAGAAGGAAAUUGAACGUCAUAAGUACAAGCUCAAGAAGCUUACUGGUGAUGAUUAAGUAAAUUCAGUCCUUAUUGACGUGAGAUGUAUCUGGCAUUGCUUAAAAAUGGUGUCUGCUGACAUCCAAGGUCUUGCUCUUAUCACAGUGUGAAAUAAACAACUCACUCUCUUCCUGGUCA